AUGCUGGCCGACCUGCCUGCAGAUAAGCAGGACCACAUCUCGCCAGCUGACUGGGACCAGCUCUCAACCUGCCAAGCCGUCCCUAACAUUACUAGCGUAUUCUACACGCCUGGGCAGAGGCGACAGGUUGAAGGCUUCCUCACGACGCUUGAUGAUAACACCUACCGACUCGUCCAUAAUACUAUCAGGGACUCCCUAGUGCUCAUGUUUCCCAAACUGAGGCGUAUUCUCCACUGCAGGAGGACGGAGAUCCAGACGGCCGUCUGCAUACUCCACCAUGUGAUCUGCUGGAUCAGCUCAGAGCAGGCCGCAGCUGUCGACGCCGUCAGGCCCUAG